AUCAGGUUCCUACGGACGUGUCAUAAGACAAAAGGGGACAGCUGUGGUCAGGGGGCGGGGGCUGCAGCCUUGGGGCUCUGCCCGGACCGUAUCUCCCAAUGCGACACCAGGAUGUCGGACGCCGAAGAGCAGGAAUAUGAGGAGGAGCAGCCUGAAGAGGAGGCUGCUGAGGAGGAGGAGGAAGAAGAGGAGCGCCCCAAACCAAGCCGGCCCGUGGUACCUCCGCUGAUCCCCCCAAAGAUCCCAGAGGGGGAACGUGUGGACUUCGAUGACAUCCACCGGAAGCGCAUGGAAAAAGAUCUGCUGGAGCUGCAGACGCUCAUUGACGUGCAUUUUGAACAGCGGAAGAAAGAGGAAGAGGAGCUCGUGGCGCUAAAAGAGCGUAUUGAGCGGCGCCGGGCGGAGAGAGCUGAGCAACAGCGCUUCAGAACCGAGAAGGAGCGCGAGCGUCAGGCUAAGCUGGUGGAGGAAAAGAUGCGGAAGGAGGAGGAAGAGGCCAAGAAGCGAGCUGAGGACGACGCCAAAAAGAAGAAAGUUCUGUCCAACAUGGGCGCCCAUUUCGGGGGUUACCUGGUCAAGGCAGAACAGAAGCGGGGUAAGCGCCAGACAGGCCGUGAGAUGAAACUGCGCAUCUUGUCGGAGCGUAAAAAGCCUCUGAACAUCGACCACAUGAGAGAAGAACAGCUCCGGGAGAAGGCCCAGGAACUGUCGGACUGGAUCCACCAGUUGGAGUCCGAGAAGUUUGACCUGAUGGAGAAGCUGAAGCAGCAGAAAUAUGAGAUCAAUGUUCUGUACAAUCGCAUCAGCCACGCCCAGAAGUUCCGGAAGGGGGCCGGGAAGGGCCGCGUUGGAGGCCGCUGGAAGUGAGGAUCUGGGCCCUGCCCCCCCACCCCCCUCCAGGCACCCGGGAGCCCUUGGAGUGUGUGUCCCAUCUGUGGCUUGAAAUAAAUGCUCCCC